ACUCUCAGUCCAGAGUACAAGCUCUUGACUCCAUCCUUCUCUGCGGCGUCCCUUCCUCAGUCAUGCAGCAUCUCACGGCCCUCGGCCUCCUCCUGGCGUGCGCUGCGUCUCUCGGGCAAUCUGCCGUUGUCCUGGAAAAUGGCCUGCCCAUCCUGUGGGGGCACACGGCCGGCCAACUCACAGACCUGCCAAUAGAGAAUGGCGUUCUGACCCCUGACCCGUGGCACUAUCUGCACCGUAUGAGCCUUUAUCGUCUGCUGAUUGCAGCUACAGACCCAUUUCUGGGAUGCAUGGGGACAAACGCUAAAGACAGUCCUAUUUGGGGACUGCCACUGCAGCUUGGAUGGAUGCUAACUUCAGGGCGACUGGCAGACCCGACCGGUGCUUCAACCUGCGGCCUGCAAACAGGAGAUACCAUGUGUAUCUCUACCCAGAGUUGGUGGGCCUGUCAGAACUACUUUGUCUCAGCACUGCCCUUCCUCUCUGCUGCACAUCAAGGCUUCAUGGGACCCGGACUUCAGGUCCAGAUGCAGAUGCCUGCGGGUGUUGAGGACGUUUGCAACACCUAUGCCACUUGUUCAACUCGCUUCCCUGACGCCAUGUCCAAGUGGGACACUUUUUACCAGGGUCUCAAGGCUGCGACCGAGUCUCCUCUGCCCGACAAUGAGAAGAAAGACUCUCUCCUUGGUCUCUACUGGGCCGCCCAAAUGGCUUCAACUCAUGCUUCUGCAGUUUGUAGUGCCAGGCAGAGCCACUACUCCUCCACGGAGGUGUAUUUUGCUAACAGCUGGCUGAACUCAGCAGAGUACGUAUCAGCAGCAUUUUUCCAGUCCAAUUUGGAAAAGUCCGUGAUGUUCAUGACCCCUCUGCCAGGUCGCAUUUUACAGGACACCGACAGUGCUCCUAACAUCGCUGAUCUGUCUGAUGAGGAGAACCACACACUGUCUGUGUUCUCCUGGAUGCAGAACAUCAACAAUCUCCUCGGUGGUACACUGGUGCGGAUGUGGGGAAAGGCCAUGUGCUCGGUGACAACAAGAGAGAGAGGCAGAGAGAUGCUGGAGCAGCUCCUUCUGAAUCCCUCCUACGCCACCAGCUCCUUCCUGUCCAUCGUCACCGGGAUGGCGACCGACUGCUGAGACAAACACACAAGCAAACCCAUCAACAGAGACAACUCCAGUUACACACAAGUCAAUGCUUUCCCACUGUGGGAAAGUUCUAGAUAUGCUAAAAUGAAUCUGAAUUCAUGCAUAUAAGGAUGAUUGUAUUGAUUACUGUACGACUCAGACAAGACAACAUGUAAUACAUAAAGACACAGCUGCCAAACAGGUAUUCCUCAGUCUGUAUUGCAUGUUUAUGUCAUGUCCCAGUAAAUCAUCAACAAUCCCUUACUUUUACAGUCAUUAUUAAACACAUGU